GACUUUUUCAAUUUGCCUGGCUUAUACUCAACAGGUGUCAAUUUUAUGUUUCCAGCACCAUUGAGCUUGACAAUGAAAAAAGAACCAGAAACUUGGGAGUCAGCUGUUGCCAAAUGACAUCACGUUGUUCUCUCUAUAGUAGUGAUUUAAUGGAUCUGAACAAGUUUAUCACCUGCUGGGAAAAACACUUUCAGGCUCUUCUUUGAUCAGGAGCAAAAUUAUUUCAUGUGGAAAGCCGGGACUACUGGGGAACCUUCAUGGACGACAGAUUGAUGUAGAGGCUCCUCCAGUUCUGAACUGAAAUAGAUUACUUUCAAUCCACCAAGAGUUAGAUACAACACAACCCAACAGCUGGUGCACUGAUUUUACACAGACCUGCACUGAUUAGACUGUGAUGAGCAAGUGGAGUUCAGUGUUGCCUAAGGACACGUUGGUACUCAGCUGUUUUGGAACCCACAACCGUUGUAGCGAGGCAAACUCCUAUCCACUGAUCCAUAGCAACCAUUCACUGCCUCUAUUUCCUCUAUUCUGACUCAGGUUUCACCCGUCUGCCCACAGAUCUUACAGAAAACACUGCAGGACCUGUUGACGACCUCUGCUAUGUCUCCAGCUCCUUUCUCUGAAAUGGAGCUCUCCCUGCACGGCUCGUAUUUAAACGGAUCCAAAAUGGGGCUCAAUACCAGCAUGGCCACUAACAACUCUGGGAAUUACACCAACGACCAGGUCAACCUGCUCGAAAUCCUUGGCCCCAAACAAUCCCCGUUCUCCCUCCAGGUGACCACUGUUUACGUUCUCAUCUUCCUCAUUGGAUUGUCUGGAAACCUGCUCACUUGUGCAGUGAUAGCCAAACACAAGAAAAUGCGGAACCCCACCAACCUGUAUCUGGUUAGCCUGGCAAUGUCCGACCUCCUGGUGCUUUUAUUUGGAAUGCCCCUGGAGAUUUACGACCUGUGGCAGAACUAUCCUUUUCCCUUUGGCGAAUGUGGCUGUUAUUUCAAGACCUUCCUCUUUGAGACAGUCUGCUUCGCCUCAGUUCUAAAUGUGACAGCUUUGAGCGUGGAGAGGUACAUAGCCGUGGUGCAUCCACUCAAAACACGAUAUCUGUCCACCAAUCAACAUGCCAAGCGGGUCAUCACCAUCCUGUGGUUGGUGUCAAUGAUCUGUGCUGUUCCCAACACCUCCCUGCACGGCAUCUUCUACCUGCCAGAGAGGAUGGAGGAGUCUGCCAUAUGCACUGUGCUGAAGCCCCUGUGGAUCUAUAACAUGGUCAUGCAGAUCACCACUGUGUGCUUCUACUUCGUACCCAUGAUGGUGAUUAGCGUCCUGUACCUGGUGAUGGGCCUGCAUUUGGGCAGAGAGUCGCGGCGGCCCAGUGAGAACCUGAGGAAAAAGUACAGCGUCAACCCCCGAAGGAGGAUCAGCGUGGAGACCAGACGCAGGAGACAGGUCAUCAAGAUGCUUUCCAUCGUGGUGACUGUGUUUGGAGUCUGCUGGGCUCCCUUUCACAUCGAACGUCUGCUGUGGAGCUCCAUCAGCCAAUGGACCGACCUGAUGCACAACAUCUAUCAGUACGUCCACAUUCUGUCUGGGAUCCUCUUCUACCUCAGCUCGGCAGUCAAUCCCAUCAUCUACAGCCUGCUCUCAACCAGGUUUAGGGAGUGUUUCAGAGAACUCGUGUGCUCCAACAAGGUGGACAACAGCUCGGUCAGGGACUCGCCACAGUUCCCUAAAUUCUUACUGGAUCGCUCAAGCUCCACCUCCAGAUCCCUGCAGGCCAACAGCAAGGAGUCUAAGGCUCUUAUCCCUCUGUUGUCGUCCAACGUCACACUGAGUAUGGACACUGCCAUCUUGACAUGUGCCUGUGCGGAUGGAGCCUGUAUGACGUCUGUCUCCUAAAUGAAAUGAAAAAUAAAAAAUAAAAGACACACUGAUCCUGAGCCACUUCACUGCAGGUUGAUAAUUACAAAGAAAAUUACCUUCCCUGCUAAGAGUGAGUUCAGUGAGGAGAUUACUCCAGUCAAGUGACUUACUAGAGGUAAAUUAUACUGCAGUUCAAGUCAACAAGUCAUACAUAAAAGAAAGGACCAAAUACAGAGUCUGUGAAUUGAAUACUGUUUCUAUGAGAGGACAAUGAAAAAGAGAAAAACUAAUUUUAACGUGUUUACAUGCAUUUGAAUGUUGUAUUUUUUAUUUAGCUUUCCAAAACAACACCUUGAUUAUCAUAUUCUGUAAUGUUUUACAGUUGUCACCGUAAGAUAAAUAAUAUUUUUUUACUUAAAUGUAGAGCUCUGCAUGAAAAUAAAAGGUCCUAUCUCUCACUUGAAACCACAAUUCUUUGGGUGUUUUUUUUUUUCAUUUUGAUUUUUGCAAGGGCAUU